GAGCCCCUCUACCUUUUUGACCCCAAGCCGCCCAUGGCCCUGCGAGCGCUGCGCCCGCCGCAGCUCAGCGCUACGCCCGAUUUGGCACGCCAGUGCCGAGGACUGGCAGAAGCCCUGGCGACAGUAACGCGAGGUUGGCUACUUAUUGGAGGUGCUGGCAGCGGCAGCCGAUUUCACAUCGAUGCCUAUGGCUGUGGCGCCUGGAGUGUUUGCUUGGAGGGCCGCAAGCGAUGGGCGCUCUACCCGCCGGGCUCGUUACCGCCAGGAGUGAUCGACAUGGGUCCUGGCCGCUUCGCGUCUCCAUCCCCCGUCUUUUGGUUCUCUGAGGUGUUGCCUUCGCUGCUGCCAGCGCAGCGCCCGCCCAUUGAUUUGGUGACCCAGGCCGGAGAUCUACUUUACAUUCCGCCUGGUUGGUGGCACUGCGUUCUGAACCUGACCACCCCCUGUGUGGCAUUCACGCGGAACGUGGCUUAUGGCCUUCGAGCGGCCUCGGCCGUGGCAGCGGCCCUGUCGGCUGCAGGGCGGCCGGACGAGGCGGCAGCGGUACAGCGAUUCGCGUGGCGCAGCCACUGCGACGAGAGCGACAAUGAUGAGCCGUGCGGA